AUGGAGCGGCAGCGAUUCGAGGUGGGGGAUUAUGUGCGCGUGACCGUCAAGGCACAGGAGUGGCAGUACUUGAAUGGCAGCAUUGGGCGUAUCAUAGAAGCGCCGUCAGACGAUGCCAUGGAUGAUGCUGACCCGCGUUACAAAGUUGAGUGUGGCGCUGUGGCCGGUUGCCACCGCGGGAAGGUUCAUAACAAACUCUUUGUGAAGAAGAUCAAGGCAUCAAACCUGUCGGUGCUUCACGGCCAUGAUUUUCGUUCAUCCGAUCUUCAGAUCGGGGACUUUGUUGAAAUACAUGGCCUUGAGUCAAUCACAGGAUCCAUGCUGAACCAUCUUCGAGGAGAGGUAGUCUCCCUCCCCGCGGACGUCGCGGAGGGACGGCACGGAGUCUGCGUAGGCUCCCUGAAGGCCAAGAGCAUUGCAGACGCCGACACAGCAACCUGGAUCAAGAGCAUCAAGAAGAAGAACUUGCGAAAGCUCCCACGAGAGGCUUGUGCGCUUCUGGACCUCAAGAGGCUUGCCGCAGAAACAGUGGCCGAGUGCCAAUAUGUUUGGAGCGGCGUAGAUACACAGAAGGCUUAUUGCGGUGCCUGCUGCACAAAGCAGAAAAUCCAGGUACAUGUCAAAGCGAUUGAGGCAGUGGGCGAUAGUCUUAAGCUCAUUAUCGGCGAGCCUUCUGGUCAACCAGAAGCUGAGGUUUUCACUCGAUGCGUGAAAGAUGCCGGCCUUACUGUUGUGGACGUUCGAAAAACAGGAGAGGCGGUUCCUGUGCCUUCAGAGUGGGAGUCCCUCGUUCCGAACGUGUCAGUGUGUUUGGCGGUGGUUUCGCCAGCUGCUGUGCCUGCGAGCACAAAACGCCUGAAAGAGCAGCCAGUUCACGCAAAGUCUUUAGAAUCUAUGUUUCGGCCUCAUCUUGGGCAAGGAGGUGCAGCAUUUGUCUUCUCGAAUGGCAUUCCACCAGACUAUGAUGCUGAAGUGAGUUCAGACCACGUCAUCACAAAAAGUUCGAUGUUCGAGUGA